AUGGGCUGUUUAGCCUUUCGAUCAUAUUUAUUUAUAAUUACUAUCAUUUUAACAGUUUAUUUUGGUGAUACGGAAAGAGCAGAUCAAGAUUAUGAUAAUUAUCAGGAAUUUGCUGUUGUAGAAGGACAGCAUGGUCUUUUUCCAACAAUUUUCAAUUUGGCAACAAAUGCGCUAAUUUAUGCGGAUGCUACCUGUGGUCAACAUAAUCGUGAAAUUUAUUGCAAAUUAGUGGAGCAUGUUUUUAACAGGCAACCGCAAUGUGACGUUUGUGAUGCAAAUGACGUACGGAAACGUCAUCCAAUUGAAUUUGCAAUUGAUGGUACACGACGUUGGUGGCAAAGUCCAUCGUUAGCUAAUGGACUUGAUUACGAACGGGUCAAUAUUACCAUUGACCUGAGACAGGAAUAUCAAGUAGCGUAUGUAAUUAUAAAAAGUGCAAUUGCACCUCGACCUGGAACUUGGAUUUUGGAGAAAUCACUUGAUGGUAUUAAUUAUCAACCAUGGCAAUAUUAUGCAGUUAGUGAUGCUGAAUGCUUACGACAAUUUAAUGUACCAGCAACCACUGGUGUACCACGAUUUACACGAGAUGAUGAGGUAAUAUGUACAUCAUACUAUUCAAAACUUGAUCCGUUAGAAAAUGGUGAGAUUUACACGUCACUCGUAAAUGGACGACCAUCUGCUGAAGCUGCAUCUGAAACUUUACAGCAAUUUACUCGAGCUCGUUAUGUACGUCUACGCUUGAUGAGUUUACGUACAUUAAACGCUGAUUUAAUGAUUAUCAAUCGACGUGAUAAGAGUAACAGAUUAGAUCUGUCGGUGACAAGACGUUACUUCUAUGCUAUCAAGGAUAUCAGUAUUGGUGGUCAGUGCAUUUGUCACGGACAUGCAGAAAGUUGUCCACCUGAUCCGGUCACUGGGCAAUCACGUUGUGAAUGUCGUCAUAACACGUGUGGUGAAUCCUGUAGUAAAUGUUGUCCAUUAUUUAAUCAACUUCCGUGGCGUCAAGGAACGCAAUUACAUCCUAAUGUUUGCCAACCUUGUCAAUGUUUUAAUCAUGCAACACAUUGCGAAUACGAUGAAGAAGUGGAACGAUUAGGUUUAAGUGUUACACCGGAAGGUAUUUUUGAAGGUGGCGGAAAAUGUAUCGCCUGUAAACAUAACACUGACGGAAUAAACUGUGAACGUUGCAUGUGGACAUAUUUCCGACCGUCCGGUGUUACGCAUUAUCGAGAAGAUGCAUGCCGACCUUGUGAUUGUGAUCCAAUCGGUUCCGAGCAUAAUAAUUGUGUUCGAGAUGAGACAAGCGCGGAUGGUGAUCAAAAGCCAGGUGAUUGUAUCUGUAAACCGGGAUUUGGUGGACGUCGAUGUGAUGUUUGCGCACCGGGCUACCGGAAUCAUCCAAAAUGUGAGCCAUGUCCUUGUAAUCGAGCUGGUUCCCUGAAUUUUGACACCUGCGAGGAAGAACAUUGCAUUUGCAAGGCAAACGUAGAGGGCGUUUAUUGUGACCGAUGCAAGGAAGGUACAAUUAACCUGGAUAUGAAAAAUCCAAAAGGUUGUCAACCUUGUUUCUGUUUUGGUCUUAGCAAUAAAUGUCAUGAAAAGCAGUGGAAUCGUGGCGAGAUACGAAGCACUACAGGUUGGGUACUAACAGAUCUGUCAGGUGAAAAAAUAGUUCCACCGAAAUCAGAAAAUGAAGUAUUAAUGUAUACCAAUAGUGAAUAUAGAAACAAUGAUUUAUACUAUUGGAAAGCACCAAAAGAAUUUAAUGGAAAUUUGCUGAAUAGUUAUGGUGGAAAUUUACAAUAUUUUGUAUAUUUUGUACCGAUGGGUAAUGGAGAAGAAACAUCAAUUCCUGAUGUUAUCAUAGAAGGUAAUGGUAUCAAAUUGGAAUAUUAUAGUCAACAGAAUUUCUUUCCCAGAGAAAAUAUUAGCAUUCAAAUACCAAUGAAAGAAGACAGUGGUUGGCAUAAUUCACAUAUGCGUACGCUUACUGAUAAGCAUGAAAUGAUGCGUGUUUUAGCUGAUCUUAACACAAUGCUAAUACGAGCUUUGUAUAAUAAGGAACAAAUACAAUCCAGUAUUUAUGGAUUAACACUUGACACAGCGAUUGAAUCGAAGAAAACAACAGAGAGUACAGAUGGAUUAUUACCUAAUACACUGAUGCGUGGCGUGGAAGUAUGUCAGUGUCCCGAAUAUUACGCAGGCAAUAGUUGUGAACGUUGUAUAUCAGGAUAUCGUAGAGUAAACAAUCAGCUAUUCGAUGGUCAUUGCGAGAAAUGUAAUUGUGAAGGACAUUCAUUUGAAUGUGAUCCUUUUACGGGUGAUUGUAUCAAUUGUCAACACAAUACAACUGGUCGUCGAUGUCAUCAGUGUUUACCCGGACAUUAUGGUAAUCCAUCAUUGGGUGGUGAAUUUGGUCAAUGUCACCCAUGUGCAUGUCCAACUAUCGAGAAUAGUCAUUCUGCGUUAUGCAGUCUAACGCAACUUAUUGUUGGUGGUGCUGCAGCGUACGGUGAAGACGCGUACGUUUGCACCGCGUGUGAACAUGGCUACGAUGGUAAUAAAUGCGAAAUUUGUGCUGAUGGUUUCUUUGGUAAUCCGCUUAUAAAGAAUGGUACCUGUGAACCGUGUAAUUGUAAUGGUAACAUUGAUCCAAUGACUAUUGGAAAUUGUGAUCGGAAAACAGGAAAAUGCUUAAAAUGCAUCUAUAAUACAGCCGGUGAUCAUUGUGAGAAAUGCAAAGAGAAUCAUUGGGGUAAUCCGAAAGAUAAAUCCUGUCGACCAUGCGGUUGUCACCCUAAAGGUUCCCAUUCGGCAACAUGUGACAAAUUAACCGGUAUUUGUGACUGUCACAAUAAUUAUGUGGGUAUGCAGUGCAAUCGAUGUAAGGAUGGACAUGGCGACAUUGAAAAUAUGUGUCCUGCUUGUAGUUGUAAUAUGACCGGUUCCUUUAGCAGUGAAUGUGAUGAAGUAUCCGGUCAAUGUGCUUGCAAGACAGGUGUAUUUGGAAAGCAAUGUGACAUGUGUAGAGCAAGUUAUUUUAAUUUUUCCGAGAAUGGUUGUGAAUUUUGUCACUGUAAUGCAUUUGGUGCAAUAGAUGAUGGUCGUUGUGAUAAUGUCACCGGAAAAUGUGAAUGUCGCAAAAAUGUAGAUGGAAAAAUGUGUGAAAAAUGUGCAAAUGGUUAUUUUAAUAUAACUAGUGGACUAGGAUGUCAAGCAUGUGAUUGCGAUUCAAUAGGCUCUAAAGGUAUCCAAUGUGAUACACAUACAGGCCAAUGUGAUUGCAAAUCUGGUGUUACUGGAUUAAAGUGUGACAAAUGCGCCCCGAAUCAUUUUGGAUUAAAUGCAAAUGGUUGUAAAGAAUGUCGUAUAUGUCCAGCACCUGGUCAUAUUUGUGAUUCAAUAACUGGUGAAUGCAUUUGCCCACCUAAUACCAUCGGUGAAAUGUGUGAAAAUUGUUCCAGUAAUGCAUGGAAUUAUGAUCCGUUAAACGGUUGUACUCUCUGUGAUUGUUCCGGUAUCGGUGCUGAUGGACCAAAUUGUAAUCCUCAAACCGGACAGUGUAAUUGUCGAUUGGGUUUUGUUGGUUUAAAAUGUGAUCGAUGCAUUCAUGGAUAUUUUAAUUUUCCGCAAUGUGAAUUAUGUAAUUGUGAUUUAUCCGGAACUGAUCCAGCAACCUGCAAAAAUGGUGCAUGCCUUUGUGAUGAGAUUGGACAGUGCAGCUGCAAGAAAAAUGUGAUAGGAUUAAAAUGUGAUAGUUGCGAUGCAUAUAGCUUUAGUCUCGAGAAAAGUAAUAUAUUUGGUUGCACCGAUUGUUUCUGCUUUAAUCGUACUAAUUUCUGCGUACAAAGUAGUUUUGUAUGGCAACAAAUUUAUGCAUCCGAUCGACAGGUAAUAUUCUCAGAACCAUGGAAAUAUUAUAUACGUAAACAUAAUUUGAAUGUGCUUAGAGAGAAACCAUUGAUAUACAAUAGUUAUCCAACAGAUAUUACACCUUUAUAUUGGCCUCUUCCAUCAAGUUUCCUAGGUGAUCGAACAGCAUCCUAUAAUGGAUUUAUUCGUUUCACAAUCAAAAAUGAUGAUAAUUAUCGUGGUAUUACUAAUGUAGCACCUGAUCCACAACAUUUCCGCUUCUUUCCACAAAUUAUUUUGGUUGGCAAUCAUCGUAUCAUUCUGGAACAUACACCUGAUGCAGUGAAUCAAUCAGGACGCUACAAAAUUCGUUUACAUGAAAGUCAAUGGCGUUCACGUUUAAGUCCUGACGUACCAGUAACACGUAAACAGCUAAUGAUUGCUUUGCAAAAUUUGCAAGGCAUUUAUGUCAGAGCAACAUACAACUAUCCAUCUACUGGUGAUACAGCUUCUAUCAAUGAAAUAAGUAUCGAUGUAGCUGUUUGGGAUAAUACAACUGAUACAUCAAAUUCAGUUGCAAUUGGUGUUGAAUUAUGUGAAUGUCCUCAGGGUUAUGCUGGUUAUUCAUGUCAAGAUCCAGCUGAUGGUUAUUGCCGGAAAAGACAACCUGAUUUCUUGAAUAGUCCGGAUGAUUUGGCAUUGAUAGGUGGACCACAUCCAUGCAUUUGCAAUGGACAUUCAACAACAUGUGAAGCAGAAACUUGCAGAUGCACUAAUUGUGAGCAUAAUACAUACGGUGAUUAUUGUGAACUUUGCAAGCCAGGUUAUCAGGGAAAUGCAUUAGUUGGUGGUGCAAAUGCAUGCACGAAAUGUGCAUGUCCAUUACCGGAUAAUAGUUUUAGUGAUACAUGUUUAGCAGUAGGUAAUGAUGGAGGAUAUAUGUGUGAUGCAUGUAAACCGGGUUAUACCGGAAUGCACUGUGAAAGUUGUCUGACCGGAUACUAUGGUAAUCCAAAUGUGAUCGGUGGUAUGUGUAAUGAAUGUGCUUGUCAUCAGCAUGGCUCAGUUCAUGGAAUUUGUAAUCAGGAGACAGGUCAAUGUGAAUGUCGUCCAGGUUUAUCAGGUCGUGAUUGCUCAUUAUGCAAAGAACGACAUGCAUUCAUGAAUGGUAUAUGUACAUCAUGUGAUCAAGGCUGUACUCGUGAUUUAAUGAAAGAAAUGGAUAAUUUAGAAGAAAUUAUGAGACAACAAAAUUUUACAAAUUUAAGACCAAUACCAUGGAAACGUGCUGCUCGAAUAAGUAAUACAACAAAAAGUUUGCAUUUAACUUUGGAAUCAUUACAGUUGGAAAGUUCGAUUGAUGAUGAUACAACUAAAAGUAGCCUUAAUAUUGAUGAUAACUUCUUAGAUGAAGUUAAUGGAUUGGUUGAGCAGACGAAAUUUUUGCUAGAACGAACUAAUAAGUCAAAAAAUACCUUACAAAAGAGCAUAGCUAAAACUGAAAAAUUAUCUGAGAGAGCUCGAGAACAGGAAGAAAUUCUUCAUGAAGUUAUCAGUCAACUACGAAAUUAUAUCAAUUACGGAUUUGGAAAACAGGAUAGCUCAAAGAUUGGUAUUUUGAUUCAGGAAGCAAAUAUCCAUGUAAAUGCAAUGAAGGAACGUGGAAUUUACAUUGAAAAACGUUACAAUCGUGGAAAGACCGAUUUCGAGAAAUCUCAAGAUUUAAUGAAGUUGAUAACAUCACGUAUGCUAAAUGAUACCUCAUUUGUUGAGUUACGUAAACAACUGGAUGCAUUUGAACAAUGGUUACACGAUUAUCGAGAUACAAUUUGGGAUAGAGCACGUCAGGAUACCGUAUCAUCCGAUAAAGUAGCAAUUAUAGUAGCGAAACGUGUAAAUCGAUUUAAUGACGUAAAAGCAAAUAUCACAGAAUUAUUAGCUAAAGCAACGGAUGAAUUAAGCGAAGCAGAAAAUAAAGUAUCAAUUGCAAAAGCAGAAAAAAUUUUGGCUAUGUUCGAUGAUUUCAAGCUUAUCAAUGAAACAGUACUACCGCAAGUAGAUGAGAUGACAAGAAAAUGUCGCGAUGAAGCGGACAAAUAUGGUCAACUUUUGGAUGCAUAUCACGAAGAAUAUGUAGAAAAAAGUGAACAUCACGCUGCAGCACUGGAAGAUGAAGCGCAAAAAUUGAAAAAUUCUUUUGCGGAUACAAAAGAUGCCGCAGCUGAUCCUGUUCGUGCAUCAAAUGCUUACAAAGAAAUUCUUGAUGCGUUACGGAAUGCUAGUGAAGCAGCGGAAGGAGCAAAGAAAGCUGCGGAAUUUGCAUAUAUUGAUGCGGAUCCAAAAUCUGAUAUCUCAAUGGUUAAUAUGGCAUUACAGGCCAAGAAUCGCAGUGUGGAUAUUAAGGAAGAAGCAGAUGAACUUGGCUUAAAAGAUUUGGAGAAGGAACGUUUGACAGCCAAUAUGGCUCUAAAUGAACUGAAGGAAACAUUGCAAAAUUCAAUGAAACGAAAAAUAGGAAUAAGUGAGCAAUAUCAGUCAUUCGAUGAUCAACAUGAUCGAAUGACCGGAUUGAUUAGUGUGGUUGAUGAUGCGGAAAAACGAGCCAAAAAUGUACAUCAGAAAAUGCAAGAAAUAUCGGUCGAAAUUGCUACAAUGAGCGAUGCUGUUUCGAAACUGAAAGGCUUUGCUGGACAAGGCAUCCGGAAUGUCACUAAUGACGUACGCAAAGCUAAUCAAGGAGCACAGGAAGCAAUGAAAAAAGUUUCUGAAGUGAAAAAGCAAACAGACAACGAUUCGAAACGAAUUAAUGUUUUGGGUGAACAAAUUAAAUUAUUACAGGAAAAAAUUAAAGAAGCACGAGAGAAGGCAUCACGCAUUCAAAUUUCGAUGAAAUCUGAUGAAAAGGGUGAUUGCCGCCGCGCUUUUAUCUCACCUGCGCAUUUGGCUCCAACUAACUUAUUCACCAUUAAAUAUCGUCCUUUGCGGAAUGUUCCGGAUUCGUUGCUAUUCCUAACAAAAACCAAAGCUAAACGCACUCAGCAAUCAGAGUACAUCGCAAUGGAAUUAAGAGAUCGGCGUAUUGUUGUGCACUGGAAUAUCGGUUCCGGUAUACGUAUGGCUACCAAUACACAUACUAUUAAUUAUAUUGCACCAAGUGAUCGUACUGCCUGGUACCAUAUAGUAUUAAAAAGAUUUGGCAAUUCGGUAACACUGACUGUAGCACUUCAUCAUACAAUAAGUGGUGAAGGUGAACGAACGAUUGGUGAACCGACUACCGUUUCGGUAGGUCAACCGGACGAGGAUGACAGCAUCAUUUUCAAUACGGUACAUGGUGAAACACUGAUUCAAUUUGGUAUUGAAGCAAAGCUUUCACAGGAUUUAGGUUUAGCAACUAACAAGUUCCUGGGUACCAUUGGUGAAUUUACUGUUGAUGGUGAAACUUUGCCGCUUUGGGCGUUUGCAGAAAGUACUAGAGUUUGUGAAGGAGAUUUUGCUGCACCGGAAAGUCAGGCUACCGGUUACUUUUUCCGGCAAGUUUUUUUCUAUUUGAAAAUUCAUUUACAACAAUUCUCUAACAUAAUGGAUGGUUUUGCGCAAAUUCAUCUUCCUUCAACCGAACGACCAAGUGGUGCGCAAAUAACAGUGAUCUUAUCAGCUUAUUCACCAAAUGGUCUAAUAUACUUCCGUGGCAAUCAGGAAAAUGGAGAUUUUGUUUGUUUGGAACUUCGUGAAGGACAUGUCGUUUUCAGGAUCAAUCUUGGCGAUGAUUCUUAUGCACUUGUUAAGUCUAAAAAAUCAUCAUAUGCUGAUGGACGCUCACAUACUGUUCGUGUCAUUAGGAAUUAUGAUAAAAUACAUUUACAGGUGGAUGACGAAAGCGAUCGUAAUUCCGCAACAAUACCUGGUGAAAAUGCAAAACUGAAUAUUAACGGCGAUGAUCACUUUGUUGGCGGCAUUCCGCCAGGUUUCAAUACUACUGCGUUCCGCAAUUUCGACAUUCAUUGGAAUGAAUUUUUUGGCUGCAUUCAAUCAGUUCGACCUUCUCAAGUUGCAGAAUUGGAUCUCGACAAUCCAAUACGUUCACAACGUAAGCUACGUGGAUGUACUUUCAGAAAUGGUGAAAGAUUGGAACCAACUGAUAGAGUGGUUAGCUUCAAUCGUCCAGGUUAUUUGGUUGUUCAAGGAAUUCAACUUAGCAAUAAUUCCACAUUUGCAUUUGCAUUCCGCACAAAGACCGCUAAUGCUACAUUGUUAUUCCAGUCGAGCGAACUGGAAACUUUCAGAAGACGUCGAAAAAUUAGAGAUUCUGUUGGAACGGGAUAUCUGGCAUUUUAUCUCUACCGUGGUUAUUUGGUUGUACAUCUUGGUACCGAUUCAUCACAGAAAAGUAAAGUGCUCACAUUAAGAUCUGAAACUACCUACAACGAUGGGCAACUUCAUUCUAUCUUUUUCACUCGUUUUGAAACAUUAGUUCGACUUCGAGUAGAUGAUCGAGAGGUAGCAUCUGGUACCCUUGGUGAGCAGAAUACCAUUGGAACCGCUUCAUCACAAUUAUUCAUUGGUGGAUUUCCAGAUGGUAUAAAACCAUCAGCUAAUGAAAUGCCAAUUGCUGAAUCAAUGAUUGGUUGUGUAUCAAAUAUUUUCAUUGAUUAUCGACUUGUCCCAAUUAUACCGGAAGCACACAUUGCGUUAAUUGGUACCUGUCCAGUAGAACAAAUUUUCUCAUUACAAAAAUCAGAACGGCGAACAGAUGUGGAAGCAUUGCAAGCUGACGAACAAAAUGCUUUCAAUCAAAAAGCAUCGAAACUUUCAUUGCAUCUAACAGAGCCAACAUUGAUCAGCAAAACAGAACGUCUCUAUGCGGAUGGAUCAGUGAAAACAAAUCCGGUGAAUAUCAGAGAAGCUAUUAAUGAUCCGGAAGAAUUAGAAUCAAAUAAUUUGGAACAAUCCAUAGUAGCAAUAGAUGCUACAACAUUCAAUGUCAUUCCUACUACCGGAAAUCUAAUCGGAUCAGCGGAAAGAAAAAAUGAUGAUGAUGACGAUAGUACUACUUAUUUCUCAACUUUAACAGAUUUUGGUCCAAAAAAAUGCGGUUCAAAUUUGUUAGCUAAGAAUGAUGGUGAAGGUGCGGCACGAUAUGGAAUAGCGGAAGCAAGUCAUUCUAAAUUAAACUUUGAGGAUGAUGAUUUAGAUACCAAUCAAUUCAAAAUUAAAUUUGCAUUUCGCACAAUAUUACCAAACGGAAUGUUAUGGAUUUGGGCUAAUUACAAUAAUUAUACUCGUUAUUUCUUCCUAAAUUUAAUCAAUGGAUUACUACAAUUUCAGGUGCGUGGACGUAAGGAACCAAAAAUUCUGAUUUAUAAAUCAAAUAAAUUAAAUGAUGGACAAUGGCAUGAUAUUAAUAUGUUAAAAAAAGGACAAGAAAUUCUUCUUAAGGUUGAUCGCAAUCCGGCACAAUACUUGAAAGAUGUGUCAAAUCCGAAACUGAUCCGUAAACGAAUGUACAUAGGUGGAGUUAUUUCAAAACAUCGAAAACAGUUUAAUUUAACAGUACCCUCAUUUUCUGGAUGCAUUAGAAAUUUUGAAGUAAAUGACAUUCAACAGGAUCUAUUCGGGAAAAGUCGUCACGUUGUGCCAUGCGUCAAUUCUAAUUCUGCGUACGUUCACGAAGGCGGUUAUAUGACGUUUGGAUCAUUAAAGUCUAUUCGACAAUUUGGAAAUAUUCAAAUUUCGGUGCAAUUUCGACCUGCUGUAAAAGAUGGAUUUAUCUUCGGUUUAAUGACAAACAAAGAUCCAGAAAAUGCACGAAUUGCUGUUUACCUUAAAAAUAGCUUGGUGACAUUUGAACUGAUCUACAACAAUGAACAUCAUGAACUAAAGCAUAUUUUUAAAAAAGAUUUAUGUGAUGGUAGUUGGCACAAUGUUACUCUUUCUAUAUCACAUUCAAAUAUAAUUGUUAUCACUGUUGAUGGACAUCGAAAACGUUUACAGUUAAAGAUGAGUUCAGAAUUGAUAGAAUUUUUCCGAAAUUUGCCAAUUUAUAUUGGUGGUGUAACUGCAUCAUCAACUUCUAAAAUUGGUGUACUAUCAUUGAUUGGUUGCUAUCGUGAUCUCCAAUUUUACGGAAAAGUAAUCGCUUUCAAAGAUGCCAAAAAGUUGAAUAAAGUGCUACCUGAUGGUUGUCCAUUUUUAAAUUAA